AUGUCCAGACACCGCAUCAAAGAUGUCAGCUACGAUGAGGACGAUUUGUACGACGAAGACGACGGCUACGACUCGGCGGAUCCCGCAGAGCAGGAGUUUGUGCAACAGUGUACGACUGAUGUACUCCAGCAGCUCCGCGCAGGGAACCCGCCAGUGACUGCGACGAAGGAGGAGGUCCAGGAAUCGCUAUGGCAUUAUUAUAAUGAUGUGACGAAGACUGUGAAUUACUUGCGAGGCAAGAAGGCGAAGGAGAUCAAGAAGCAGCAGGCUACUGCGGCAGCCGGUAAGCGCUUUGAUUCCCUCGGGUGUGGAUUAUUCGACGUGUCGUGGCUGGGUUCAGCUGUGGUUGGAGGAAGACGACCCUAUGUGUAUGCAAGCGAUGACGGAUUUACCAUUGGAAAACAAGUGCCGGCAUACCCUGCUCCUUGUCCGCCCUCGACGGCUCAUUUCUCUGCGGCCGAUUUCUUUCGCGACUGUCCCUGGCUCAAUGUUCCUGCGCACCGGAAAGCCGAUAUUCUGGUUGAACCGCUAUGCCCGCGCCUCGGGCUGCUGGGUGGAGCGCCUGAAAGUGGUGGCAAGGUUUCCAAACUUGCUGCGCUAGCUGCAGCUCGCAAGAAGAAAGAAGGCGAGAAGAACGGUGCGACUCCAGUGGCCGAGCCUCUAUCAACCACUCAGCUUGAGAAGACGGAGGUACCGUCGCCUGAGCUGCGGAGCACGCCUUUGUCCAUCCGCGACAGGCUGGCUGCCAACAAUGCAAAAUCACCGAAGCCCGCGGAAGGAAAUGGCGCUCUUCGACGCUUGUCCAAACCGGGCUUAUCAACACCGUCUCCGGCGCGGAAGGCAUCCCCAGACAAGAGCCAGCCUGCUGCACCAUCCAUGCCACCACCGAUACAGGGGACUGAAGUGCCGUCCGAAGAGGAACUAGAAGACAAGAAGCCAAAGAUUGAUAUUCGUGCCUCGCCAUCCACGUUUGCCAGCACUAUUGUCGGCACGACCGCGUCUCCAACGCCUGAGCCUAGCCACUUGCACUCGAACGGCGUGGAUUUACUGAGGAUCUACGGACAAAACCAUGCUGAACCCUUUGACUUUGCAGGCCCGAGCCCGGACGACGUCGUUCUGAAUGCACAGAACACCGCGAAAGGAUUCAAAUCAAAACCGUCGGCAUCCAAAACCGGCGGCAACACAAAGUCCCAGGGCGAUCUAGCAGGUGGCUUGAGCAAUUUGACUGUCGAGGAGAAAGUGACGAUAAAGAGCAAGAAUCUGGAUGUCUUGGAGGAGUAUAAGAAGUCUACUCGGAAGAAGUCCGCCAAUUUUGUAGUGAUUGGUCAUGUCGACGCUGGAAAGAGUACUCUAAUGGGACGGUUAUUGGCGGAUCAAGAGGCGAUCGAUCAACGAACGUUGGACAAGUAUCGGCGUGAGGCCGAGAAAAUCGGAAAGGGCUCUUUUGCCCUCGCCUGGGUGUUGGAUCAAGGCUCAGAAGAGCGAGCACGAGGUGUCACGAUCGACAUUGCCACCAACAAGUUCGAGACGGACAGCACGGCCUUUACGAUUGUUGAUGCCCCAGGCCAUCGCGACUUUGUGCCGAACAUGAUCGCAGGCGCCAGUCAAGCAGACUUUGCGGUGCUGGUGAUCGACUCGAGCGUAGGCAAUUUCGAGUCGGGCUUGAAAGGUCAGACUAAGGAGCAUGCCUUGCUUGUGCGCAGCAUGGGUGUUCAAAAGAUCGUUGUUGCAGUGAACAAGAUGGACACCGUCCAGUGGGACAAGGGCCGCUUCGAGGAGAUCGAGCAGCAGAUCUCGUCGUUCUUGACGACUGCCGGGUUCCAAGCUAAGAACAUCUCGUUCGUGCCCUGCUCUGGUGUCCAGGGCGAUAACAUCAGCCGGCGAAGCGAGGACCCGCACGCCUCGUGGUAUACAGGCCCGACAUUGAUCGAGGAGCUGGAGAUCUCUGAGCCCUACACGCACGCACUCGACAAGCCACUACGCAUGACUAUUGGUGACGUCUUCCGAGGCGGCGUGCAGAACCCUCUCUCCAUCUCCGGGCGCCUAGAUGCGGGUAGUUUACAGACGGGCGACCAAAUCCUCACGAUGCCCAGCGGCGAAACGGCCACGAUCCGCAGCGUCGAGGUAGACAGCGAGCCGAGCGACUGGGCCGUCGCGGGCCAGAAUGUCGUCCUGAACUUGGCGAAUAUCGACCCGAUCCAUUUACGCUCCGGUGACGUUGUGUGCCGGGCGUCCGCGCCCAUCGCCACCAUCACUAGCUUCACCGCCAAGGUGCUCGCCUUCGAACACCUCAUGCCUAUGAUGGUGGAUGUGCACCGCGGCCGGCUUCAUGUUCCCGGCCGUAUCAGCAAGCUGGUGGCCGCUCUCGAUAAAUCCUCCGGUGCUGCUCUGAAGAAGCGGCCGAAGAUCGUUGGCCCUGGCACCGUGGCUCGGGUGGUGGUCGAGAUGGACCAGGCGGUGCCGUUGGAAGCGCCGACGCGGAUUGUGCUCCGAGCCGGUGGUUCGACGGUGGCGGCUGGGUUGUUAGAAUAA